AUGGAUGCAACCCUCCCAGCAGGUGGAUUUCCACCCACGCCACCACAUACAUCGGAGGAGGAGAGGACUCCCAAUCGCCGGUCGAAUGCUCCUCUCUCCGACACCUACCCUCCAGUGCCGAUGUACACCCUAGGUCAUAGUGGCUUGAAUCAAUCUCUGUAUAACGGCGAGCUUCGUCCCCGCUAUCAACACCCUCAACAACUUAUGUACCCCGGCAAUACAUCCUUCUAUGGUUCAACGGGCGAUUUUAAGCCUUCAUACACGCUUCCCUUGAACACUCCACCAAUCGACAGGUUGUCCUCAUCUUCUCCAUCGUGGUCUCCCGGGAGUCGCAAUCAGAACCCAGCAUCCAAAUCAAAAGUCAUCAAACCGCGCAAUGGGAAGUCCCGGGGACGGAAAGAUGGGACCGCAGCAAACUGCAAUUUCCAUCUAUCUGGGCCGCUGAGUGUCAUCACGCGGGACAUGGUUGAGCCUCCGGUGCGAGAUAUGGAGGCUUGGGUGAACAGAUCACACGAAGAGCGACAGCACGAGGUGAGCGCCAAGAAUGGCGAGAUUCCACGCCCGAUGAACUCUUUUAUGCUGUAUCGAUCAGCAUACAUUGCUCGCAUCAAGGCCCUUCUGGGAAAGAACUGCAACCAAAACGUCUCACGAGUGGCCGGUCUCAGUUGGAAGGCCGAGAGCAAGGAAAUCCGUGCUCAUUUUGAGAACUUGGCCGUUGUCGAGCGUCAGAAUCACGCAAUCUCCCACCCUGGUUACAAGUUUAAGCCCAACAAGGCUGCAGCAACCCCUCCACAAAGACCCGGUGAUUUUACUCCUCCUCGGUCGUCGGCAACUCCGGCAGCGUCGAUCCGGGAAGUCUCCGUGGAUUGGGAUGAAAAGUAUCGGCGCGAGGGUACCCCUGGGCUGAUGUAUAACCGUUCGGAAGGGUAUGAUAUCGGUUAUGUUCCCAGUAGCCGGGAAACAACCCCCUUUGGAACACCUGACUCGAUGCUCACGACUGGAUAUUCUGGAUAUCUAGAGUCUGCGUGGAGCAACGCCACAUUUCCAUACAAUGGCUUGCCCAUGGCAGGCCCGCAUGUGGAGGACCUGUAUUUCUCGCAGACCAGCCAGAUACCAGAGGAGGCCUCCCUGACCCCCUCCAACAACGGCUUGACGGGGCUACCAGGGGCUACACACGAGCUUCUUCAGCCACAGCCAACUCACGUCGUGCCGAGUCACAUCGUCAACGGUCACCUGGAUCCUCAGCUCUUGAGUUGUCCCGGUGAAGGUCAUGGGCUUCCCAUCAUUCCUAGCCCUCCAACCCCGCCGGCCAAUCCCUACCAUGUAUGGGCCGAAGAGGGUUGUUUCCUGCCAGCUGCAUACUCUGCAGUUCCGAGUCCUGUACCGUUCCCAACUCCAUUGCCCACCUCCGCGCCCAUGCAACGUGAACCAUCUUGGGACGUCAAGUAUCAAGACCAUGAAGGAAUCUUGGGUGACACAAACGGUCAUGGAAUGGACUCGUGGAUUGGCCACUCGAAUUCGGAGUACUAG